GGGACGGUUGAACCAGAACCGCGGAAUCUGGCUAUUCUGAUGAGAGAUGUUCUGAUGGGCGGCGGCGCGCUCACAAAGGGAUCGAUGGUGUCACAACUUCAACUUCAACACCGACGCGGCAAACACCCGCAAAGAGCCCCAAACAGCAAGCAAGCAAGCAAGCGACGACCGAACUUACUGUAACUUACAAACGCACCGCUUUUUCAUACACUCUCUCCGAGGAAAAGGCUUCCAAAAGACGAAAUCCCCAGUCCUUCCCCCCCGUUCCCCGUUCCCCGUACGCAACGAGCAGCACCUUAGCCAUGGACCCUCGGUACUUUCUACCACCGGCUCACACUCGGGAAGCAACCCACGGCGGUGAAGAAACCGACCGGCCAUUGUCCCUACAGCGCUACGACUCUAGCGGUGGACCUCGGAAGCUUGCUAUGAUGGAACCCAAGCCCAACUUAGGACCGACCGCCCAGAUACCACCUUCCAUCAGCCUCACGGGAAUGUACUCAGCGACAGGGUUCGAUUUGCUUGGAAUACUAUCUUGGGUCGUGAAUCGACCAAACCCAAAGAUUCAUCUCGGUCCCGUGGAUUUGAGUUGUGCCUUUCUGGUGACAGAUCCUCGGAAAGAUCAGAAUCCUAUUGUCUACGCAAGUGAGACAUUUACAAAACUGACGGGAUACUCGAAUGCCGAGGUCCUCAAUCGAUCAUGUCGAUUUCUGCAAGAUCCCGAUGGACAGCAAGAGAAAGGCGCAAUACGGCGUUUCACCGAUCAUAGCAUAGUUUGCAAGUUGAAGCAUGACGUGGACGCGAACAACGAGUGUCAAUAUACCCUGAUCAACUACAAGAAAGGAGGAGAGCCCUUCAUCAACCUGCUCACGGUCAUCCCAGUGGAACUAUACCGUCCAGGGGAAGUCUCUUUCCAAGUCGGUUUCCAGGUCGACCUAGUCGACCAGCCACAAGCAAUCCUCGAUCGAAUGAGAGAUGGGACGUAUACGAUCAACUACCAGCUGAACGAGCAGUUGGCUGGGUCAAAGCCCGGUGCCAUACAAAACUCCCAAUCUUUCCAGCGCAACAUUGCUGGCCUAGUGUCGCCAGCCUCGACAACAAACCCUUCCGAUCCGCCGUUCCUAGAAGGUGUCGAGGACUUCCUUGACGACAUGGGCGACUUUGUGCAUAUCCUCUCCCUCCGUGGGCUGUUCCUAUACGCUGCACCAAGAGCUACGAAGCAGCUUCUGGGGUACAGUGCCGAGGACGUUAUGGGCCAUAAUCUGCAUGAAUUCGUGCAUCCGUCGGAUUAUGUUGCUGUGAUGCGAGAGCUUCGGAUGGCCAACCCCGGGGAGUCGAUCAACAUUUUGUGCCGAUUCCGUCGGAAGCACUCUGGUUAUGUGUAUUUGGAAAUCAACGGACACAUCUACGAAGGCAACAACAGCAAACGAACAAAAUGCUUCAUCAUGACCGGCCGCGAAAAAGAAGUCGGCAGCCUCAUGGUGGACGACGUCCUCCUCCCCGACAAAGAAAACCUCGAAACAUGGGUCAAGCUUUCCCGAGGAGGUCUAGUCCUCCACGUCUGCACAAACACCAUCCCCUUCUUCGGUGAUUCCGCCGACUCCCUCCUCGCCAAAUCCCUCAGCGAGAACCUCCACGACAGCGAUCAACAGAUGUUCCUCGACGCCCUCGCCCGCGUCCGAUCCUCACGCAGGAUCGAAAACGUGCGGUGUAGGAUCAUGCUCAAGCGCGGUGUCCUCCCCGUCGUCAUCCGUCUCUACUCGGAAAAAUGUAAACCGUCCACGUCACCAUUCACAACCAACCCGGCCACGACAUCGCAAACGUCCUCGACGGUACUCUGCCAGAUCAAAGUCGUGGAACCGGGCAAGACGGACCCGCUGGAUUUGAAAAGUAUUGUCGAGUACAAGGAUCUGUACUCGAAUGGGGACCUGUUUGAUGUUAUGCAUGAGGUUCGCGCGACGAGUUUGCAGUUUGAGUUGAAUCAAUUGAGGAUACAGAAUAAGCGGUUGAGGGAGGAGUUGGAUAUGCUUGCUGCUCCGAAAAAGAAACACGAAGGCCCUCAAUGCGCUCAAUGCGGCACGCACAUCAGCCCCGAAUGGCGGAAAGGCCCCGACAACCAACGAAACCUGUGCAAUGCAUGUGGACUGCGGUAUGCAAAGUCGGUACGGAAUCAGAUCCAGACGCAGACAUCGGGCACGCCGGGGGCGAUGCCGAGAUCGCCGGGGGAGAUGUCGUCGUCGGGGCCGUUGUCGGGAUGAACUGGAUUUGUUCUUCAAGGCUUCCUCGGCUACCCAUCGUCGAGUAUUGUGUGUCACACAUGCAUUGUACUGUACCUAUCUCACCGCCGCGAUCCAUCGCACAAGCCAAGCGAUGCGCAAUUUUUGGACCUCCCAUUUUCUGAAGUUCGGCCGCGCUGGGCCGCGUCGCGCUCUAUUGUCACUCGUUUCCCAUGGCCAAUGGCCCAUAUUCGUGUUGCUCUACGCAUUGUAUAUAAUUUCUAUACACUUUCAGUCGCUAUGUUGUAAGCUACUUCUCCUUUGAGCGUAAAAUAUCAUCGUGG